AUGUUAUUUGACAGUCCAGCAUCACAGCCCUUACCCAACAUCACAGCCCUUACCCAACAUCACAGCCCUUACCCAAGAUCACAGCCCUUACCCAAGAUCACAGCCCUUACCCAAGAUCACAGCCCUUACCCAACAUCACAGCCCUUACCCAACAUCACAGCCCUUACCCAACGUCACAGCCCUUACCCAACAUCACAACCUUUACCCAACAUCACAACCCUUACCCAACAUCACAACCCUUACCCAACAUCACAACCCUUACCCAACAUCACAACCCUUACCCAACAUCACAGCCCUUACCCAACAUCACAACCUUUACCCAACAUCACAGCCCUUACCCAACAUCACAACCCUUACCCAACAUCACAACCCUUACCCAACAUCACAACCCUUACCCAACAUCACAACCCUUACCCAACAUCACAGCCCUUACCCAACAUCACAACCCUUUGUAUUAAAACAAAUCCAACUUCUAGACUUGUUUAUUUAUGUAACACACCACACUAUGUGAAGAUGGGUGAAAACUGA